AUGCGAAGAAGCCGAAAUAUGUUGUUCAAUUUGGUACUGCAUAAUAAUAAUUACUAUUUAACGAAGUAUUAUAUGCCAACGGAGUGCAUAACCAACCCUUUACAAAGGGAACUGGCGGAUUCGAUAAUAAGGAUGGUACCUUUGGACGAGAUCAGAAUUUUACUGGCAUGUGGAGCUAAGGUAAACGAGCCAGUGACUCAAGGAUUAAUGCCCUUGCAUUAUGCCGUUUGGCAAAGGUACUACGAAGCAACUCAAUUAUUGUUGACUCGCGGAGGUGAUGUGAAUGCCACUGAUGAAUGUGGAUAUAGUCCUUUGCAUUUAUCAGCAGAACAUGGAUACACUGAAGUAGUUCGUCUUCUCUUAGCAUCCGGUUCUAAAGUAGACUAUAGAGAAAACACCGACGAAGAAUUUCCCAGAACUACUAAAUGUGAUGAACCCUUAAGACUUGCAAUCCGUAACAAGCACAUGGAGAUCGCUAGAAUGUUACUAGAACACGGAGCAGAUCCCAACAAAAGAUACUUUUUUGGAUCUGAGAUUAAUUUGGUGACUGAUCUAGAGUUUUUGCAAUUGCUGUUAACUUUUGGAGCUAAUCCAGAUAGCAGAGAUAGGUCUGGUUUGACGCCGUUGAUGAAAGCUGUUCGACAACCUCAGGGUAUGGAAGCUGUUUUACUAUUAUUGAAAUUUGGAGCAGAUGUUAAUGCAAUAGCAGAUGAACGACACGAUUACAGAACGGUUCUGCAUUAUGCUGUUCUAUCUGGGAAUUUCGAAAUAGUUAACCUCAUAAUAAAACAAGGUGCCAAAUUGAACUACGGCGAAGAGUAUGAUCUUGGAAAACCCAGUCCUUUAGAUUUGGCCAUACUGAAAGGAGAUCCCAAAGUUGUUGAACUUUUAAUCAAGUCUGGUGCAGAUGUUAAUUGUAGUUCUCCAAUAAUUGGAUCUCCACUUCACGUAGCUUGUGCCGAUAAUAUACCGAAUAGAUUUGAAAUAUUGACUAUGCUGUUAGAAGCUGGAGCUGAUCCAAAUCUUAAAGUAUAUAGUGACGAGUUUGACAGAAAUUCGCAGCUGAGGCCUGUAUUAGUGGAAUAUCUGGCUAGCAAUGAACGACCAAGUGUGGAAGUAGUUCAUCUCUUACUUCGAUAUGGAGCUAGGGUUGUAAUGAAAACACAGUUCAGAGAUCCAGACGGAAUGCUAAACAGUCUGCAAAACGUGAUCUCCAAUAACUGUCCUUCCAUAUUCUUCCUUCUACUUGAAUCUUCUGAAUCCUUCGAUCCCUGCAUGAUAAGACGCAACACGAUACUAUCAGCAGAACAGAAAUCUGCUCUUCUGGAGCUCUCAAAAUAUCCCUUAUCCUUAAAACGCCAGGUUAGACUGUACUUAAGAAAAAUGUUAGGUCCUAAACUUUUGCAUAGCGCGCAAGAUUUUGAAUUGCCUAGUUCUUUGGCUAGGUAUUUGCUCUUCGAUUACAGUUGA